UUGAAGGAUUGUUUGAUUGCUAUUAUACGCUAAACUGACAUUUGAAAUGUCAGGAUCUGAACAGCUCACAGCAGUGAAGAAGGAGAGUGAAGAAGAUUUUGAUGAUUUCCUACAAGAGUAUCUGUUUACAACUCAGAAAUUGAAAGAAGAACCUGGACUGGAUCAUGAAUGUAAGACUGAAAUACUCAUGCCCUCGGAGGAAAUUAAAAAGGAAGACAUAUCUUCAGAUCUCCGUGAUGACACAGAUUAUUUUCUAAGAGGAGACAUUCAAAGGAAUCCAGCAAUCAAAUCAGAACACAGGAAGGAAAAGCUCUCAUGUAGCCAGGAGCCGUCAUACCAGAAAUUACCACAGGAGUUGGAAACCAGGAAGGAGCUGCUCACUGGCCAUGAAAUUACUCAUUCUCGUGAAAACCUACAUCAAUGUUCUCAGUGUGGAAAAGCCUUUAGAAAUAAGUCCACUCUUAAGUCACAUCAGAGGAUCCAUUCUGGAAAAAAGCCACAUCAGUGUUUGCUGUGUGGAAAGGCUUUUACACAUGCAAAUAGUCUUACAAAACAUCAGAGGAUCCACUCUGCAGAAAAAACACAUCAGUGUUUGCAGUGUGGAAAGGCCUUUACACAAAAGGGGGAUCUCAAGAGACAUCAGAGGAUCCAUUCUGGAGAAAAGCCACAUCAGUGUUUGCAGUGUGGAAAGGCCUUUACACAAAAGGGGGAUCUCAAGAAUCAUCAGAGGAUCCAUACUGGAGAAAAGCCACAUCAGUGUUUGCAGUGUGGAAAGGCCUUUACACAAAAGGGGAAUCUCAAGAAUCAUCAGAGGAUUCAUACUGGAGAAAAGCCACAUCAGUGUUUGCAGUGUGGAAAGACUUUUACACAGAAGUCUAAUUUCAACCGACAUCAGAGGAUCCAUUCUGGAGAAAAGCCACAUCAGUGUUUACUGUGUGCAAAGGCCUUUGCACUGAAGUCUUUUCUUAAGAAACAUCAGAUGACCCAUUCUGAAGAAAAGCCACAUCAGUGUACCACAUGCGGAAGGAGAUUCAAAACAGCUCAAAAUCUCUCUACACAUCAGAUUACACAUACUGGAGAAAAGCUAUAUCCAUGUCCACAAUGUGGAAAGGCCUUUACUAAAAACUCUUCUCUCAAGAGACACCUAAGGAUCCAUUCUGGAGACAAACAACAUCAAUGUUCUCAGUGUGGAAAAGCCUUUAUUAAUAAGUACACUCUUAAGGGACAUCAGAGGAUCCAUUCUGGAAAAAAGCCACAUCAGUGUUUACUAUGUGGAAAGGCUUUUACACAUGCAAAUAGUCUUACAAAACAUCAGCUGAUCCAUUCUGGAGAAAAGCCACAUCAGUGUUUGCAGUGUGGAAAGGACUUUACACACAAGCAUACUCUCAAGAGACAUCAGAGGAUCCAUACUGGAGAAAAGCCACAUCAGUGUUUGCAGUGUGGAAAGGCGUUUACACAAAAGGGUGAUCUCAAGGAUCAUCAGAGGAUCCAUACUGGAGAAAAGCCACAUCAGUGUUUGCAGUGUGGAAAGGCUUUUACACAGAAGUCUAAUCUCAAGAUGCAUCAGAGGAUCCAUUCUGGAGAAAAGCCACAUCAGUGCUCACAGUGUGGACAGGCCUUUAUACAGAACAGUGAUCUCAAGAAACAUCAGAUGAUCCAUUCUGGAGAAAAGCCACAUCAGUGUUUGCUGUGUGCAAAGGCCUUUGCACGGAAGUCUUUUCUUAAGAAACAUCAGAUGAUCCAUUCUGGAGAAAAGCCACAUCAGUGUACCACAUGUGGAAGGAGAUUCAGAACAGCUCAUAAUCUCUCUACACAUCAGAUUACACAUCAGAUUACACAUACUGGAGAAAAGCUAUAUCCAUGUUCACAAUGUGGAAAGGCCUUUACUAAACAAUUUUCUCUCAAGAGACACCUAAGGAUCCAUACAUGA